AUCUCAUACACGCAAGUAGUUCAGUCGCGAACAUAAGACGUAGCAGUGCGGACGUGUGCUGGGUUUGCGGUUGGAAUUCACUUGUGAUCUCACCUUUCUUGUGCCUCUUUUUGUGUGUGACUGUGGAGUGAAACUGGUGGAAUUUGGUGUGAGAAAAAAAGUGCAAGAAGUUGGAUCGCCAAUGAAACAUUCCUGGAGGGAUUAGGGUGCCUUUUCGAGAUGCAUUUAUUGGGGAGUAGCACCACAAUUGGGGCGCUCGCAAUUUUCGUGUUGCUACCAACAAUCUCCAUAGCAGCAGUUGUGGAACCCAAAGAGGCAUUCUUCAAUGGUUCAGCCUAUUUGAGACUCUUCACGCCAAUGCCGGUCUGGGGACAUUCAGCAAUUACCUUUCGAACAUGUCGAGGCAGUGAAAUCUUUUCACAGCGCUAUGCUCUCCACACCCUGAGGCUGGCAGUUCAUCCUCAUUCCGUCACCGUGAGCCUGGCAACGCCAGAGAAGAACCUCACGGUGAACUUUCCCGUCCUGGCGGGGCUCUUUGACAAUCGCUGGCAUACCAUUGAAUUUCUCUACCAGCUAGGCAAUCUCAAUCUCAUUGUUGAUCGUCAAUCAAUGGUCAUUGCCAAUGCAACGUACAACACGGAAUUCCUCACUGAUAGUGAAGUGAAGAAUGAGGCAGCUGUGUUGAUCUUGGGCACAAAUUACUCCGGCUGCAUGCUCCAUGGUCCUGGGUUGGUGUUCAACUACACCGCCAUGCAUCCCGUUGGGGUUCUCUUUACGGGCUGUCCCCUCCCGAGUGGUCCCUGUGGCCCCGAUCACGAUGACAUUGUCCACAAUUCCGUUGUGGAUCACUGUAUUCACGAUCCCUGCAUGCAGCACGGGGCGUGCAUUUCACGUCCGGACAGCUACGAAUGCCACUGCACUGCGCGGUACAGUGGGAAGAAUUGCGAAGUAGACACAGGACCACCGUGCCUCAAUCAGCCAUGCUUCAACGGUGGCACCUGUCAGGAGGAUGCACGUGGUGAUGUGCAGUGCUUCUGCCCAUCUGGCUUCACGGGACCACGAUGUGAAUCGGAAUUGAGUGUUCAUCCGCUGUGCGAGAACAGUCCGUGCAGGAACAAUGGAAGUUGUCGUGUGCUGGGGAAGACGGUGGAUUGUGAGUGUUUGGAUGGCUUUUCGGGGCCAUUCUGUGAAUUUGAUCGUGAUGACUGUGAAUCCACACCGUGUCAGAACAAUGGGAUUUGUAGCGAUGAAAUUGGGGGUUUUACGUGCAAUUGCGACGGGACGGGGUAUACGGGGAAUGUGUGUCAGGACAAUAUAAAUGAAUGCAAGCAGAGGAAUCCGUGUCAAAAUGGGGGCAAUUGUUACGAUACACACGGAUACUUUAUCUGUGAAUGCCAGCCUGGCUUUGGGGGCCCCACGUGUGAUGUUGUCAUCAAUGAAUGCCAAUCACAGCCUUGCCAGCACGGUGGCAAUUGCAUUCCCGGCAAAGGGACCUUCACGUGCUCCUGCGUGUCCGGCUACACUGGUAGUAUGUGUGAGAUCUCCCCACCAUGCCCACAGUGUCCUAAUGAUUCCGAAUGCAUCGGUGGUCAGUGCGUGUGCAAGCAAGGAACAACAGGCCCUGUAGGGUACUGCAUCCCAAAGCUUGGUCAAAAAUCAGCUAAAAGUAAUGCAUGCACUUGCCUCAAUGGGGCCACUUGUAUUGGGACUGCUUCGAAUAUUACGUGUAUCUGUGCUGCUGGCUUUACAGGUCCACGAUGUGAAACCCCAGUGGCACUACCAUUUGCCGAUGAUUGCUCUUGCCUCAAUGGGGGCACCUGCAGCUUCAACACAACCGAAUGCAUCUGCCCGCCAGGCUUUGAGGGUAAUCACUGUGAGAGAGUUGUACCGUGCAAUGGGAGCAAUUGUCCAGAAAUUACGCCCUGCUCUGGACAACCAUGCCUCAAUGGUGGCACUUGCUUUGUCGCCGGAAAUGAUUACAUCUGCAAAUGUUCCAGUGGUUACAAUGGAACACGAUGCGAGAAUGAUGUGGAUGAAUGCGAGAAACCCGAUGUCUGUGGCCAUGGGAUCUGUGUCAAUCGCGUGGGUUCCUUCAAGUGCUACUGCGAACCGGGCUACACGGGAGCCGUGUGUGAUCUCGAUGUUGACGAAUGCUUGAGUCGUCCGUGCAAAAAUGGCGCAACAUGCCUCAAUCUCAUUAAUGACUACAAGUGCGUGUGCCAGCCGGGAUAUUCGGACAAGGAUUGCUCAUUGAAUAUUGACGAAUGUGCUGAGAAUCCCUGCUCUCGUGGGUCAACAUGCCUCGAUGGGAUUGCCAAUUUUACGUGCAUCUGCAUUCCCGGAAUGACGGGUCGGUUGUGUGAGAUUGAUAUUGAUGAUUGUGAAUCACAGCCGUGUCAGCAUGGGGGGAGGUGUAUUGAUGAAUUGGGUGGGUAUCAGUGCGAUUGCAAGAACACCGGCUAUACAGGGAAUCAGUGUCAGUUGAAUAUUGACGAGUGUGAGACGAAUCCAUGCCAAAAUGGGGCAAAGUGCAUCGAUGAGAUUAAUGAUUAUCACUGUGAGUGCUUUUCCGGGUACACGGGAAAGAAUUGCGAAGUGGACAUUGAUGAGUGUGAGGUGAAACCGUGUCAGUACAACGGAACGUGCUACCAGAGAUCCAAUCAGCUCCUGUAUGAGCUGCCAGAAUCCCAGAAAUAUGCCCUUCCGGCUGCUUUCUCACGGCCAUUUGCCUACGAGAAUGCCAGUGGCUAUGAAUGUGUGUGUGUUGAUGGUAUCAUCGGGAGGAAUUGUGAGAUUAACAUCAAUGAAUGUGAAAGUAAUCCCUGCUCCAAGUAUGGCACCUGCAUUGAUGAGGUUGGGACGUAUUCAUGCGAAUGCGAUCCAGGAUUCGAGGGUAAGCACUGUGAGAUCAACAUUGAUGAGUGCGAAAAGUACAAGCCGUGCAUUCAUGGAACCUGCAUGGAUGGUCGGGAUAACUAUCUGUGUGACUGUGAUCCCCUCUGGGGUGGCAAGAACUGCAGCGUGAGCCUCAUUGGGUGCGUAAGUCAGCCGUGCUUGAAUGAUGGUAUUUGCAUUCCCUACCUGGAGAAUGAGACUCUCCACAAAUUCAAUUGUUCCUGCCGUGCUGGCUUCCAAGGAUCCACAUGUGAGAAAGUCACAACAAUGUCCCUCGUGGCUAGUAGCUUGAUCACCGUCAACACCUCCCGCGAUGAGGGCUAUGAAAUCCAAUUGCGCUUCCGGACAACACUCCCCAAUGGAAUCUUGGCCUUUGGCAAUGGGAAUACGUACAGCUACAUCCUGGAAUUGGUCAAUGGUCGUCUUAAUCUCCAUUCAUCAUUGCUGAAUAAGUGGGAGGGGGUAUUUAUUGGCUCAGGGUUGAAUGAUAGUAAAUGGCAGAAGGUUUUUGUGGCCAUAAAUUCAUCCCAUUUGGUGUUGUCUGCCAAUGAGGAGCAAACAAUUUACCCGAUAAAUUCCUACGAAGGCACCAAUGCCAGUCAUACGAGUUUCCCAACAACAGAUCUCGGUGGAACGAUACCCAAUCUCAAUUCCUACCUUCGGCAUCUCACGCAUACACCAUCGAGCUUUGUGGGAUGCAUGGAGGAUGUCGUGAUCAAUGGGCAGUGGGUAUUCCCCUUUGAUACGGACAAUAAAACCGUGCGAUUGGUGAAUGUGGAACAGGGAUGCCCACGUACUGAGCAGUGCAAGCCAAAUCCAUGCAAUUCCAAUGGGUUGUGCUCAGAUCUGUGGCACACAUUCUCCUGCACGUGUACACGCCCGCACCUAGGACCAACGUGCAAAUUCAACAUCACCGCUGCAACCUUUGGGCAUGAGAAUACAACGAAUUCCGCAGCAAUUGUCGACGUGGCUGAACGUCCAAGGAGAUCUGUCCGGACAAUCGUUGAUAUCUCCAUGUUCAUCAAGACGCGCCAACCGACAGGGCAGAUUUUCUAUUUGGGCAGCGAUGCCCGGAAGAUUCCAUCAAAUAGAGACAUUGGGGAUUCCUAUGUGUCAGCUAAGCUUCUUGGUGGGGAACUACAUGUUCAGAUUCAAUUCAAUGGCACCCCCGAAGCCUACACUGUGGGUGGGAAUAAGCUGGACAAUGGCUAUACGCAUCUCAUUCAAGUUAUCCGGAAUUUGACGCUUGUGCAGGUGAAGCUGAAUGGUACUGAAUACUUCCGGAAAACUCUGUCAUCUACGGGAAUUUUGGAUGCACAAGUUCUCUACCUCGGAGGACCACCACCGUAUGCUAAUUUCUCCACGGAUUUGAAUUACUUCAAAGGCAUAAUUCAGGAUGUUCAGGUGUCAAAUGGAUCGCAGGUGAUGAUUGUGGAGCUGUAUCCACUCAAUGAGGCAAAUUUGGCACUGCCUCCACCCUUUGGGGAUGUUUCCAUUGAUCGUGCAUCAAUUCUCAAAGGAGAGGUGUCUGAUGAUCUCUGCCGGGUGCAACCAUGCCAUCAUGGGGCAUCCUGUCGCAAUACGUGGAAUGAUUUUGUCUGCAUUUGCCCACGUGGGUACAAGGGGAAGCUGUGUCAGGACAUUCAAUUCUGUGAGCUGCACAAAUGCCCGGGGAAUGCUGUGUGCCAGAAUCUCGAUGAUGGCUUUGAGUGUAUUACAAAUAUGACAUUCCAGGGCAUUGAAGAGAGCCCCCUGGCCUUUGAGUUCCAACCCAGAGAGAUGGAGAAGAUUGAUGAUUACCAACAGACGACAAUUGAAGUGUCGUACAGGAGUAAGACCGGUGGGACACUGCUGUACGUCCAAGAUGGGGAUAUGUACUUUGAGAUUGCCGUGUUCAAUGAUCAGGUCACAGUACAGUGGCGUCUGUCAUCGGCGGAAUUGCCAGAGACACGACGUUUCCACAAGGAAAUGGCAGAUUUUGAUUGGAGCACAAUCUCCCUGCGUGUUCAGGAUGGUAGCCUCGAGGGUGGUUGGAAGGGAUGGGAUUCAAUGCCAGAUCCAAAUCCACUGAUCUUCGCUCCAGUCGAUCAGAAUGCCUUCCAGCAUCUCUUCUCGGGGCAAUUCCUCAUCUACUUGGGCGGUGUUCCGCCACAUGUGGAGAAUAGUGUGCCCAAGGGGACGGCAAAUAAUGGUGCUAAAUUCAAGGGAUGCUUGGGUGAGGUGCGUGUCGGUGGAUUCCUCCUGCCCUACUUCCCGGACAUUGAGGUCUAUCGUGACAAUAUGGAGCCACGGCCACACUACACGCUCAAUUCGACAAAACCCGAAGAAGGGUGCAUCCUGUGCUUCCAGAGUGACUGUCAGAAUGGGGGGACAUGCUCAAAUGCAUCAGAUCAGUAUGCCUGUGAAUGUCCACUAGGCUAUGCGGGGGAUGAUUGUUCCGAGAACAUUGAUGAGUGCCUCGCAGCUGAGUGCACAAAUAACUCCACCUGCAUCGAUGGCAUUGCCAAUUACACGUGCAAAUGCAUGCCCGGCUACGAGGGGCGACACUGUGAGCUGGAGAUUGAUGAAUGUCUCUCAAAUCCAUGCCACAACGGUGGCACAUGCACGGAUCUCAUUGCAGACUUCAGUUGUGCCUGCACGGAGGAGUACGCAGGGCCCCAAUGUGAUGUCCUGCGCCUCGUGACUUGCGAGAAUAAUCCCUGUCGCAAUGGAUCGGCGUGCGUUGAUGGAUACAAUGGAACAACGGGGAAUAAUUUUACGUGCAACUGCUUGGCAGGAUUUGUGGGUCCUCUCUGUGAUGUUCCCUUCUGCCAUGUUGAACCGUGUCAGAAUGGUGGGUUCUGCUUUGCGGAGCCAUCGCUGGCGCCAGUGUGUCAGUGCAGUUUGGGCUUCGGUGGGAGAUUCUGUGAGACUGAAAUUGAUGAAUGUGCAUCACAACCGUGCCAGAAUGGUGGCACCUGCAUUGAUCUCCUCGGGGAUUAUCGAUGCAAUUGCACAGGGACGGGAUUCGAUGGUAUUCACUGCGAUCAUGACAUUGAUGAAUGUGCAACAGGGAGGAUAACGUGCGGUGGUAGAGGGAUGUGUCUCAAUACUCGAGGAUCUUUCAAAUGUUCCUGCCAAAUGGGACUCUGUGGGCGACAGUGUGACUUCUCAGAUCCCUGCCUCGAGGAGGGGGUCUGUCUGAAUGGUGGGGUGUGCAUUGAAGAUUGCGCAGAACAACCUGAGUACAUUUGCAAUUGCACCGAAGGCUUCACGGGGAGAAAUUGCUCAGAAAUUGAUGCUAAUUCCUACACAACUUAUGUGUAUUUGUACAUAAAGCGUGCAGUGAGAAAUUCAUUCUCAUACUUUACAUGAUAACCAACACAUCCUCAUUUAGCGCACAACUUUCAUUCUUUCAAGAGCAAAAAAAGGAGUUUCUUUGCACCUUUUUGUUUUUUUUUUAUAGCUAAACUAAUUAAUUAGUAUUAAGUUUGUGUGGGGCUAAAAUGGGAUAAAAUGAUGACGAAAUCUCUCUGUCUAAUUCGCUCAGGCGACACCAGUUCAGGAAGGCUAUGCGCCCACGGAUAUUGCAAUAAUAGUUGUUCCGAUUAUUGUGGGGCUUCUUGCCCUCGGUGGAGCCCUCCUAGCGGCCUUCCUGGUGAUGGCGCGCAACAAGAGAGCCACCCGUGGUACGUAUAGCCCCUCGGCACAAGAGUACUGCAACCCACGCCUUGAAAUGGAUAAUGUGCUCAAACCACCGCCAGAGGAGAGGCUCAUCUAAAUUUAAAUUUAAAUUAUUAAAGUGCGUAAAGCCUCCAACAUUCCGCCCAUUCCGUGUGCAAAAAAAAGACACAAUUCCGCGCGUUCUGCUUAGACUAAAAAAUGCGGGUCCUCUAUUUUUUAUACCUUCUAUACAAUAAUUUUCUUAGCAAGAGAAAUGUUCUUAUUUAUUCGACUCGUAAAAUAAAUACAUAAUAGACGAAGAAGAAGAAGAGAAAAAAAGUUAGGAAAUGCGCGUUGCCUUGAGAGAAUUUUAAUUGUGAUAUAUAGUUACAUAUAAUAAGGAUAUAAUAAGACGAAUAAAAAGGGAUUUUAUUUUUAAAAGAAAAACGUGGAUUAAUGCGUGAAGCUUUUGAAAUACUACUAAAACAUUUCAUAAAUGUGGGAGAUGAUUGGGAAAAUGGAGUCUUGGAAAGCAGAAGAAGAAUUUAUGCCAAUCUUAAUUCAAAAGAAAAAAUUAAAGGAAUAAAAUUAAUCCACCUAGAGUUGUUUUUUGCCAAAAUUAUUAAAGAUUUAAAGUAUUUCUUUACAUCUUUUAUCAUUCACACCAAUUAUAAUACACGUAGAUAAACCUUUUAAGGUUUUUUACGCAACGUGUAAUAAAUAAGUGUAGAAAAAUUUACCCGGCUGGUCUAUAUUCAUUUUACUGGACUAUUGCUUCGUUUUUUAAUACAUUCUGCGGAUUUUUUUAGAUUCAAAGAUUUGAAAUUGAGAAAAGGAUUUUUUUGGUAAAAGUUUUUCCAUUUAAACCAAAUACGGUUAUAUAAAAAAUCUAACUUAAUGAAAAUUUCUACAUUUUUUGCCAGCUGGGUUAAUGACAAAGUGGCGUAAUAAUUUGUCUGAAUAUAUAAAAAUCAUAGCAAUUUCCCAAUAAAUCUUCCACUUAACGAACCAAUGCGAGUAUUUCAAACAAUUAAGCAUUAAAUUCAGCAAAUUCUAAAUAUUUUCUCUCUAUAAAUAGUUUGUUUUUAAAUUAAAUAAUAAAUUAAAUAUAAGAAUUAGAAUUUUAAAAUAUUAAAUUAACAUAGAAAUUCGGUUAAAUGGAGAUAUUUUACUUAAUAUUACUACCUAAUAAAAAAAUAUGUGAAGAACAAUAAGAAUAAAAUUAAAUUUAAAAAGAAUAAUAAUUAGAAUAAAUUGGUACUUAAUAGAAAAGAAGGAAAAUAAAUAAAAAUAUAAUAAUUCUGUACAAAAUUUUAGUACUGAUUGAUAUCUUUACGUCAGUAUUUUAAUUAUUCCAACCUCUGUGUUGGAUUCUUUUGCCAUCGAAUCAGUUUUAAUGGUUGAUGGUUAAAUAAAUUUGAAAAAAAAAUCCUUGGAUUUAUUUUUCAUUUAUUUAAAAAAAAUCUAUAAAUGUAUUCUUCCUUCCUUUUGUAGUUGAUUUUCUUUGGAGAAAUGAAAGAAAAAAGAAAAAUUCCAGCUUUGGACGAAUAGAAAGUUAAAUAAAUACUCUAAAAAAAAGUUAUCAAACCGUCCUUGAUUGAAAUUAUUGAAAAAAACUCUUAAAAAACAUUUAUUUGGGAAUAAAAAUCGUAAGAAAAUAAAAUAAAAUGAACUGUUGCCUUAAAAGUGCCGUCCUUUGCAGAAAAAAAGACGUAUCCUUUUGUACUUAAGCGUAUAAGGAAUAUUUUACUUAGUUUUUAAAGGUUUUAAGAUAAAAUAUUAAUUUGUAAAUAUAAUAAAAAAGAAAUCCAGCACUGCGUAAGAAAAACCAGUAAAUAAAAUAGAGAAAUAAAGAGAAAUAAUUUUGUACAGUUUUCUGCGAAAGAAUCCAAUUGAAUGAGAUGAGAACCAAAGGGAGAAAUGGAUUAGAUUAAAUGAGAAUUUAAAGGAAAAAAAGGGACAGCAAGUCAAUUAAUUAAUGACUGAUAUAAUAUUUAAGGUCACACCAUUCUCCUUUCCUCUAAGAAAAACCUUUUUAAUCAUUCAAAAAUAAAACAAAUGGAUUUUUUUCAACACAAAAAAGUAAAUCACGUUCUUUAUUAAAAUAUAUUAUUAUAAUUUUAAUAUACUCUAUCUACAAUUUUUUUUCUUUCCCUAUCUCAGAGAUAUUUUAUAUUAACAAUAAAUUUAUUAAAUAUACAUUCCAAA